CUUUCUAUUUAAAACAAAAAUUAAGACCAAAUUUAAGAAGAGUGAAAACAAAUUCCAAGGCAAUGGAAACAACAACUCAAAUUCUUCAAAACAAGCUCCUGGAAUGUCGAAACAUUAUUUACAACGGGUACACAAGUACAAACUCGAGUGGAAUUCCCUGGCUAAAUAAUUUUUGCGCGGAACUUAUAAAAUUUGCUAACAUUUUGCACAAAUUUCUUAUAUUCGAAUGCUGCAAGAACGACGACGUAAUUGAAACUAUGUUCCUCUGUCUAACACAAAUCAACACUUGCAUAAGACACAUGGAACUGACCAUCAAGUCGGAGGAGUCUGGUGGACGAGCCAUCUCAGCUUCGCGACAGCAUUUUCUUGAUCGAAUUGUAUGGUGCUUGGAUCGCAUUAAAACCACAAUAAAUUCAGUAGGUAGCAUGUCGCAAAUUGUAGAAGAAUCAAAUUUUGUCAUGUUGAUGGACAAAGUUCUCGAGAGUAUAGCUCCAUUCAGUUCAUUCUUAGAGGGCACCGUUUGCUCGAAUAAAGCAGAACAAUGUGCCGAAGCUAUGUUUGCUAGCAAAGAAAUCCGAUCAACCGUUGAUCAGAUUCUGAGUCACACCUUAGCCUUUGCUAAUGUAGCGCUGAAGAACGACAAGAAGAUCAUCAGUAUUUUGUGUCAAAAGACCAUUCGCAAUUGCAUGGCCUUCCAAGAGGAGUGUUCGCUUUCCGAAGAAAAAACAAAGAUCAACGAAAAUGAGCGGAAGCUCAAAGCAAUGUCUUUAGAAAAUUCGCUCUAUCAACUUGAAGAUUUUAUAAAUGAGAGUCUUCUCAGACUUGUCUUCCACACAUUUCUCGAUUAUUCGAAACUUUCGGUACAAAAAUUGCGCGAGGCCAUGCAGAUAAGUGUUGAUGAUUCUCUCCUCGACGAAGUGAUUGCUGAUUUUGACGUAAACAUCGACAGAACUACCCAAAUCGGAGUAUUCGCCAUCGCCUUUGCCCCAAAUGUUAAGAUCAAGACUGCUGUCCGUAGUUGUUUGGCCUCACUGGAAUCGCUUGAUUCGUGCAUAAUCCCUUCGCUGCAGUCGAACUCUGACAUAUACUCGGAAAUUUUGGAACAGCAUUUCAACGAAGAGGUACAAAAGUUCAAGGUGGCCAUUCAGAAAAUUAUCGACAGCAACGCCUUUUGCACAUCUUAUCUGGAAGUAAUGUCGGAAGUUAUCACGGCAAAUAGUAAGCAAUUGGACAAGGAACAGUUAUCAGACUUGCUAGAAAUGGGCAUCAUCCUAAAGGACCACCUCCAUCUUAACUAUAGAUACUUGCAACUUCAAGAGGAUGCAGAUAAACAAACCAAAUACGAGAAGUUUAUUCUGAUGUUGGAAGAGUGUCAAGCGAUUCUGGCUUGUCUUAACCAAGUCGAUUCACAAAGAGUUAUCAAGCGAUUUAAGAUUCUCCGUUCUGUUUUGUCCAAGUUCAGAGAUUCUCUUGCAGAUUCCAAAAAGUCCCUAAAGAAAAAUCCGAUCUCAGAUGUAUUCAUCACAUCAGAUGAGAUGUGCGAGUCAGAGAGACUACUUGAGUCUGUCGGUAUUGCACCUUCAACGAGUGGCAUCCUUUAUCGGAAUGAUGUCAAUUCAUUCAAAAAAAGUGAUUCCUUGAGGCCAAAUUAUUCCAGAAUGAAUACUUCUCCAAAUGAUGAGCGACAAAAACAACAUGCCAACGCUGCUAGAAGCAUUCGCAGAAAAGAUAGCUUAAGAACAACCAUGUUUAAGAAGGCAAAAAGUAAUGAAUCACAGAAUUUGUACAAAUUGUACCGAGAGCAGUCGCAUGCUCGUCAUCUAAGUGAAAUUCUUAAUGAUAUAACUGCUUUGUCAGUAAGAAAUCCUGACAGUUCUUUAUCGACCAAAUAAAUCUGGAGUUUUGGUAUCUAGAAUGAAAUAAAAUAACAUUCCAUUAUAAUAAUAUUAAUAAUUACGAUUCAAAUUAAGAGUUGUAUCUUAGAAAAAGUCAAAUAUUCUCUAUAAAUUUAAUUAUAUAUGUAUGUACAUAAAUAUAUAAUUGUUUUUAAAUUAA